AUGUCUGAUAAACCAGCCCGCAAAAUAAUGGAUGGAAGAGUUGGCGAUGGGUUCGUAAUCGCAAAAAACUACGAAGGAAAUUACAAUAAUGCUGUCGGAAUCCCGCUGAAUACGCCGCAUGGCAAGCAUAUGCCGAUUCCAUCAGGAAACGGUCCCGCCGAUCUUACCGUGAUUGAACGUCCAGAUUUUCGCAAGGUCGAUAAACAUGAACGUGUUCACAAAAGCUGCAAGGCUUUCAAACUAUUAAUCUACUUGUCACGAACCCACUUCUAA